AUGUUUAGCUGGGACAAGUUUCUCUCUGCGAAGCCGUCUCUGGACGUUCCAAGUCUGGAGACGGUGGACCUCAAUGACAAGGAGAUGGAGAAGAGGAUCGUCAGGAAGCAAGAUCUCCGUAUCAUGCCCUGGAUCUGCGUCACCUACCUGCUGAACUACCUCGAUCGAGUCAACCUGGGCAACGCACGCACACUCAACAAUGACACCCCCGAGGACAACAUCGUGGCCCAGCUCGACCUCACCGGCCAAAAGUACAACAUCGCCGUGGCCCUCUUCUUCGUCCCCUACGUCCUGAUGGAGUUCCCCAGCAACAUCCUCCUCAAGUACUUUUCGCCUAGCAAGUGGAUCUCUAGAAUCAUGGUCUCGUGGGGUAUUGUCACCAUCUGCACCGCCGCCGUUUCGACAUAUGCCGGUCUGCUGAUUGUGAGAAUCUUUCUCGGUCUCGCCGAGGCUGGUUUCUUUCCUGGUGUCAUGAUGUACCUUUGCUUUUGGUACAAGCCAGAGGAGCGAGCGACUAGAAUGGCCAUCUUUGCUUCCAGUGUCGCAGUAGCCGGUGCUUUUGGAGGUUUGCUGGCUACUGGUAUCUCUUUCCUUAACGGAAAAGCUGGUUUGGCCGGCUGGCAGUGGCUGUUUGUCCUGGAGGGCAUCCCUGCUGUUAUUGUUGGUGUCAUGGUGUGGUUCUGGCUUCCCGAUUACCCCCAGACUGUCUCGUGGCUCUCCCCCGAGGAGAGGGCAUUCGCCGUCAAGCGUCUUGGCCCCUACGCGCCCUCGAUGGGCGACAAGCACUGGGACAGCAAGGUCGCCAAGGAGACCGUCAUGGAGCCCUUCUUCUGGCUCUUCGCCAUUCAGUACUUCUUCAUGACCAACUCGCUCAAUGCUUUCGGAUACUUUGCCCCCUCGAUCGUCGCCUCGCUCGGUUUCAAAGGAUACAACGCCCAGCUCCUGACAGUUCCUCCCAACGUCUUUGCCCUCUUCAUCAUCAUUGGCAACUGUCUUCACAGUGACAGGACCAAGGAGCGCUCGAAGCAUGUUAUCGGUGGCUUGGCCUUUGUGGCUACUGGAUAUCUUCUGCUCGCUGUUGUCACCAACUGGCGUGUCCGCUACUUUGCCGUCUUCAUCAUUGCCUGCACCAACGCAGCUGUUCUGCCUUUCGUUGCUCACCGAACGGCCACCGUCCGAGGCUCAACCGCGACAGCCCUGGCCACUGGAGGCAUGAUCGCCAUUGCAAACACUGGCGGAAUCUCUGCGCCCUUCCUGUUCCCCAGCAGCACCUCUCCCAUGUAUGCUAUGGGCAACUGGACAGUCUUUGCCUUCCUCGUCGUGGCAGUCUUUAUGACUGGAUACGUCUGGUACGUCUUUGGCAGCCACAGCGGUUACCGAACUGGAACGGCGGAUGAGGGAGGCAACCUCGAGGUCCUGGACGCGGGCGAUCAGGACCCCAACCAGGUCAUGAACGAGGCGCUUGCGGUGGAGAAGAAGAAGGAGCAGAUCAAGGAUAUUGACAUGGCUUGA